AUGGCGAGCGCGGCCGCUCGUGUGAGGCAGGACCGGAUUCGCAAGCUCCAGACGCCGAGCAGUGCUCGCGCGGUGGGCGGGCUGAAGUCCAAGGCGAGGCUCGCGGUCGUCCAGGAGGAGACCGACGACAGCGACAUGUUGGCCAACUGGAGCCAGAUCGGGGACCCGUGGGUGGACAACGAGCUGCAACACAUCGACUACACGGCCGAGAGUCUCUCCCCGAUCGAGUGCGUGGGCCUGAAUCUACUGGCCGUCCUCCAGGUGGUGGUGACGACGCGCUUGCUCAAGCAGCUGGCGCCGGGGGCGAGCAGCAUCGUGGAUAUCGACAAAGACCGCGACAAGGAUGCGAACGGCGAGUGCAUCCAUCUGAUCUCGGCGAGGCGCCGGGGCGGCAACCAGUUCGGCACCUUCGUCCACCGCUUCAUCUGCAUGAAGAGACUCGAGCUACACAAGAGGACCAAGGAGGAGAUCCAGACCCAGAGGCUGAUCAAGAAGGAGGAGAAGGAGCUGGCACAGCGGAUCGAGAAGGAGAUGAAGCUCGAGAUGUGUGAGCCGAGGAAGUCGAGUCCCCCUCCGAUGGCGUGGAAGGCAGAGGGGGUCGAUCUCAACAAGCUGCUCGCGCACAUGAGAACAUCGAACAUCGAGAAUAUCAAGAUCGAGAGCGACGACGACCUCGAGGAGACUUCGAUCCAGUCGCAGAUCGACGAGCUGAAGCGGGCCAUGACCGACCAGCAGAAUCAGGGCACCAACGAGCAGCUGGUCGAGCUCACGAGGAUGAUGGCUUUGCUCGUUCAGAACCAGAGCCAGGCAUUGGGCAGCGACAGCCGCUAG